GUUUGAAAGACUGCAGAUCCGUUAGGAAAAAUGGCAGAAACCGCUCCAGCCCCGGCUGCUGCCGCCCCGCCGGCCAAAGCACCCAAGAAGAAGUCUGCUGCCAAGCCCAAGAAAGCAGGUCCUGGUGUUGGUGAGCUGAUCGUCAAAGCCGUGUCCGCGUCCAAGGAGAGAAGUGGCGUGUCUCUCGCCGCCCUGAAGAAAGCUCUCGCUGCCGGCGGCUACGACGUGGAGAAGAACAACUCUCGCGUCAAGCUCGCCAUCAAGAGCCUGGUGACUAAAGGCACUUUGGCGCAAGUCAAAGGGACCGGCGCUUCUGGCUCCUUCAAGCUCAACAAGAAGCAAAGCGAGAUCAAGAAGAAACCGGCCAAGAAAGCGGCUCCUAAAGCGAAGAAGCCCGCGGCCAAGAAACCUGCUGCUGCCAAGAAGCCCAAGAGCGCAGCGGCGAAGAAGCCCGCUGCGAAGAAAUCGCCCAAAAAGGCCAAGAAACCCGCCGCUGCAGCCGCUAAGAAGGCGACGAAGAGCCCCAAAAAGGCAAAGAAGCCAGCAGCGCCGAAGAAAGCAGCAAAGAGCCCGAAAAAGGCAAAGACUGCCAAACCCAAGGUGGCGAAGCCUAAAGCUGCCAAACCUAAAAAGGCAGCUCCCAAGAAGAAAUAAGAAAACAGUUUGUUUCAUUCCCCAACGGCUCUUUUCAGAGCCACCAUAUAACUCUAAAAAAUGAGCAAAAGAAAGAACUGCAGUGCGAGUCCUAGCGGAA